CUUUUAGGCAUAUUUGCUGGGGACAUGCACAGCAAUUGAGAAGAAAACAGGAAAUAGCGAGAAAAUACUACAAGAGAUUAAAGAGGCUGUGGAACAAACUAAACUCUCUGCUAACAAGGAAGUACAAGAAAGUGAGAACAGCUUUGCUGGUCUGAUUGCCAUCCUUGCGAAAAUGUGCAGUAAUGUAACAGAGCAGAUCAGACAGCAGGAGAAAAAAGAAGCCGAAAAAGCUAAGAGAGCCAUGAAACAAUUGGAGAAGGAGAUUGAGAACAUGAAGAGGAAAAGUGCAGACAUGACUGAGCUUUUAAAGACAGACGACCACACGCACUUCUUCAAGACUGUAUCCUCUUUCUGUGUUCCUCUUGAUGGUAAAGCCUCACCCAAAAUUAAUUUCAGUCGACAGUUCUCUUCUGAGAUCCUAAGAAUGGAGAUAUCAUAUUUGAAAGAGCAUCUCAUGAAGAUUAGUGAGUGGAAAAUGAAGCAACUGUCACUAUCAGCAAGUGGCACCCCUAUUUACAUCCUGAUAUCUUCUGAUCAAAAAGAAAGGCUGGAAUUAUUGCAAUAUUCCUGUCCUAUAACACUGGACCCAAACACUGCACACAGACAACUAAAUGUCUCUGAAGAGAACAAGAAAGUGACAGUGACGGAGAAGCAAGCAAACUAUGAUGACAAUCCUGACAGAUUUGACAACUGGUGGCAGAUUCUCAGCAGGGAGGCUCUAACUGGAACUCGCUGUUACUGGGAGGUGGAUGUUUGUGGAAAAGUGGCUGAGAUAGGAAUCACAUAUAAGGGGAUUGGCAGAAAAGGAAAUAGUAAUGAUAGUAAGCUUGGAAGUAACAACCACUCCUGGAGCAUGCACUGCUCGAAUUGUAGUUCCUCUUUGUGGCACAAUAACAAGAGUACAAUAAGUAAAACAGCGGAAAUUCACUACCGCAGAGUAGGAGUGUAUCUGGACUGGUCAGCUGGCAUUCUUAAAUUUUAUGGUGUCACAGACAGUGCAGUCCUCCUGCACACAUUCCAGACCAAAUACACUGAACCGCUCUAUCCAGCCUUUAGGCUUCCUUAUCACAACUGCAGUGUAACAAUUUGCACAAUUAGCCAAACUGGAAAAUAA